UUGAUCACUUGAUAAAAACAUCAGGUACUGGCCCAACAACAGUAAAUCGGGCCGGUCAAAAAGUCCGCCACGUAAACACCCCUUCAUUAACCAUUGCAAACACCGAACACACGCCUCCUCCUCCUCCUCCCCCCCACCAUUUCUCCUUCUGAGAUCUCCAACCUUGACACCAAAAAAUAACGCAAACACAAAAAUGGGGUUAGGCUUGUUAGCUUCAAGGCUCAUAAGACCCCAAAAAACCGCCGCCCGAAACCUCCUUCUACGCUGCAUCGUGACUAAACCGGAGCUUCAAUCGGCCGAACCCGCAACCACCCCACAACCUGAUCUUCCACCACGAACACCACUAGGUGGUGCCAGAGUUCACUUUCCGAACCCGGACGAUGCAAUCGAAGUGUUUGUUGAUGGGUAUCCAGUGAAAAUCCCGAAAGGGAUGACAGUGUUACAAGCUUGUGAAGUUGCUGGUGUUGAUAUUCCGAGGUUUUGUUAUCAUAGUCGGUUGUCGAUUGCUGGGAACUGUCGUAUGUGUCUUGUUGAGGUGGAGAAGAGUCCUAAGCCUGUUGCUUCUUGCGCUAUGCCUGCCCUUCCUGGAAUGAAGAUUAAGCCAGACACACCUGUGGCAAAGAAAGCAAGAGAAGGGGUUAUGGAAUUUUUGUUGAUGAAUCACCCAUUGGAUUGUCCAAUUUGUGAUCAAGGUGGAGAGUGUGAUCUUCAAGAUCAGAGUAUGGCAUUUGGAUCUGAUCGCGGCCGGUUCACUGAAGUGAAGCGAUCAGUUGUUGAUAAGAAUCUUGGCCCUCUGGUUAAGACCGUUAUGACUCGUUGCAUCCAGUGUACAAGGUGUGUGAGGUUUGCCACAGAAAUUGCCGGGGUUCAGGAUCUUGGCAUGUUAGGUCGUGGCAGUGGAGAAGAAAUUGGAACUUAUGUUGAAAAACUUAUGACAAGUGAACUAUCUGGAAAUGUGAUAGAUAUCUGUCCUGUGGGAGCCCUUACCUCAAAACCUUUUGCAUUUAAAGCUCGAAAUUGGGAGUUGAAAGGUACAGAGACCAUUGAUAUCACUGAUGCAGUUGGAUCCAACAUCCGGAUUGAUAGCAGAGGUCCAGAGGUCAUGCGCAUCACUCCACGGUUGAAUGAGGAUAUAAAUGAAGAAUGGAUAUCUGACAAAACUCGGUUUUGCUAUGAUGGUUUAAAGAGGCAGAGGCUAAAUGAUCCUAUGAUUCGCGGUGCAGAUGGGCGCUUUAAGGCUGUGAGCUGGCAUGAUGUCUUAGCUGUGGUUGGUGAGAUUGCUCAUCAAGUUAAGCCAGAGGAAAUGGUGGGCAUUGCUGGUAAACUAUCUGAUGCUGAAUCCAUGAUGGCUCUGAAAGAUUUCUUAAACAAAAUGGGAUCAAAUAAUGUCUGGUGUGAAGGAAAUGGCCCUAGUCCAAAUGCUGAUCUACGAUCUGGAUAUAUUAUGAACAGUGGCAUUAGUGGUCUUGAGAAUGCAGAUGUUUUCCUCUUGGUUGGAACCCAGCCAAGGGUAGAAGCUGCCAUGGUAAAUGCCAGAAUCCGCAAGACAGUUCGAGGAAGUAAUGCAAAGGUUGCUUAUGUUGGCCCUCCCACUGAUUUCAACUAUGAUUGUGAGCAUCUAGGCACCGGUCCUGAAACUCUAACUGAAAUUGCAGAGGGUCGUCACCCCUUCUGCUCGACACUUUCAAAUGCCAAAAAUCCAGCCAUCAUCGUUGGUGCUGGACUCUUUGAGAGAUCGGACAAGGAUGCAAUUUUCUCUGCUGUUGAAGUCAUAGCGAAAAAUGGGAAUGUUGUACGACCUGAUUGGAAUGGUUUCAAUGUGUUGCUUCUCAAUGCUGCCCAAGCUGCAGCCCUUGACCUUGGACUUGUGCCAGAAUCAAGCCAAAGUAUUGAGAGUGCCAAGUUUGUGUAUCUGAUGGGUGCUGAUGAUGUGGAUUUGGAAAAGCUUCCAAAUGAUGCCUUUGUUGUAUAUCAGGGGCACCAUGGGGACCGUGGUGUGUAUCGUGCCAAUGUAAUUCUACCGGCAUCAGCAUUCAGUGAGAAGGAAGGGACGUAUGAAAACACAGAAGGGUGUACGCAGCAGACUUUGCCUGCAGUUCCAACAGUUGGUGAUGCCAGGGAUGACUGGAAGAUAAUUCGUGCUCUUUCUGAGGUAGCGGGGGUGCAGUUGCCCUACGAUACAGUUGGGGCCAUCCGAUCCCGGAUUAAGACAGUUGCACCAAACCUCCUGAGCGUGGAAGAAAGAGAGCCAGCUACCUUUUGGGCUUCAUUGAAGCCUGAUGUCACUAAGAAGAUGAGUUCAACUCCUUUCGAAGCUGCUAUAGACAAUUUCUAUAUGACUGAUUCUAUUACCAGGGCAUCAAAAAUAAUGGCUCAAUGCAGUGCACUGCUGCUAAAGAAGUGACUUCUGGAUUUUUGAUCUUUUUAAUAAAAUUGCAAAUUCACUCUUCUAUGUACCUCUUCAUUCAAGCCGUGCAAGGCCUUGUUUGGCAAAUGGUCUAGCUUCUGGAACAUCGGAAGUACAUCCAAUAAGGCAAUUUUUAGAUUCUGUUUAUUUCACUGUAACAUGUCCUUGAAUUAAAUAGCAUUUCCCUGUAAACGUUGGGUGUGUAAGAUGUGAGACUUCACUGUUUGUGUUGCUUGGAUUUUAGAAUAUGUUCCAGUUUGCGGCAGCUCUGCUUCUGUUCACCAAUCAUAUCUAAUAAAGAGACCCUUGAGAGUACAUUUAUUUCU